UGACUGCUCAGUGCUCUGGCCUGGGGCCAAGACUGCUCAUCGAACUGCUCAUGGUACACUUAUAGAACUAUGGCCACUAGUCAAAAUUGUUUAGGAGUUGAUGAUCUUGUUGACGUUCUUGACUUAUUAAAGAGAUGUGGCUUCCCAGAAACAAAAUGGCAUCAGCUUGGACUGAGACUAGGACUAAGGAAGAAUACACUGGAUGCUAUUGAAAUGAAGUAUCAUAGUGAUGUGUAUCGUUGUAUGACUGAGUGCCUCUCCCAAUGGUUAAGUAGAGCUGAUAAUGUUGACAGUAGAGGAGGAGCCAACUUGGACUCACUGUCAGAUGCUCUACGAUCUAUCAAUGAAACUGCUGUAGCUGAGACGCUAAGUGAGUCAACCAUGCAUAACUGUAUUUACAUGUAUAUUAUAACUAUAACAAGAGGGUGUCACUUGCAUUGA